AUGAAAUAUAGUCAAAAUAAAAGUCUAAAUACAUUUGAAAUAGAAUAUAAAAUAGCGAAUAAAUCGGUAAAAAUAAAAAGUAGUGGAAAAAUGGGAGUAAUAACAAAAGAAUUAAAAUUAAAAGAACCCGCAAUCCAAUCAAAUAAUAUAUAUUAUUUAAAAAAUCAUGGAGAUAGUAGAAUAAUAAUAGGAACAAUGAAACAACAAAUUCAAGGGGUAUUAGCUGGUUUUUGUAUUGAAUUAAAAUUAGUCGGAUUAGGAUUUGUUGUACAUAAAGUCGGAAAUACAUUAGUACUAGAUGUAGGAUAUAGUCAUUAUCGAAGUUGUUUAAUUCCGAAAGAGGUUGUAGUAAAAUUAGAAGGAUCACAAAUCAUCUUAUAUAGUAUAAAUAAAGAAAAAGUAACCACAUUUGCAAGUUUAUUAAAAACGUUUAAGAAAAUAAAUAUGUAUAAAGGUACUGGAAUAUUAGGUAUCAAUGAAAAAAUUAAAUUAAAAAAAGGAAAAGUGAGAUAA